AUGAGAACUCUUUCACAAGAGGAUAAAGAAGGAGAGAAGGGUCAAGGGUACAACAACCCACCCGACUUUCCUAUAGAUGUUUUCUUCCAUAUACUCAGUAGAGUACCUGCAAUAUCGGUUCACAACUUUAGGUCUGUGCAGAAACCUUGGAAUGAUUUGAUAUGUUCUGAUCCAUCUUUCAUUGAAGCCCAUUUCCUCCAAGCCAAACAAGAUCCAGGAUGGAUCAUGGAAAUGUCCAACCCUCUCAAGGGAAGAGGUAUGUUUGAUACAUACUUGAUGAAGCUAGAGGACGGAGAGAUUAUUAAACAAAAUAUAAAUGUCUCUCACCAUGCAAUAGUUACAGUUUUAGCCAGUUGCAAUGGUUUGCUAUUGAUGAAGAAGAGGAGUACUCUUUACCUCGUUAAUCCUAUCACAAAGCAACAGAUGAAGCUGCCCUCACAUGGUCUCCGUCACGGUUAUGACCGUUAUGCUUUCGCUAAUAUACAGUCAACUAGGAAAUAUAAAGUCCUUUAUUAUUACCCUGGUUUAUCUGAUGGAUGCCGCAUUCUGACUUUGGGUUCUAACACAUGA